AUGCCGCCGGCCCCUGUCGACAGAAGUGGCGAGACUGAAGAGGAUGACACACGAUCUGACAACGAUGAGAAUGCCGACAACCCCAAUAACGACAGAGAUGACGAUGAGCGCCUUCGACAAGCAUUCCCGUCGCAGCUUGACCUGCCCCGUCCCGACGCAUUUUCCGCUGCCACCGCACUGCGCAAUCACGACGGCUCGUUCGCCUCGGGGACUGGUUGGGAUCUGCUUCUCCAGCGCAUCCAGCUGGCGAGCAGAGCAAUGCGCGAGAAUCGCCGUUGGAAGAUGCGAGGACUCAAGAGCGCGGCAGGCUGGUGCAAGUGGCAGCACAAACAGUGCGUCGCAGUCGAUGGUGAAUUCAUCACCGAUCUGGAAGGCGGAUAUCGACUGAAGAGGACCCUCAAAGACAACGAAGAUACGGGCGGGAAUGAGACCAGCAUUGGAAAUGGAACUCGAACUCGAACUGGAGAAGGGUCGCGGGUCUGGAACAUCAACUUGGGGUACAGGAGAGAGGGGGACGUCGCUGGUGAGGAUGCGAUGGAUUGGUCUAACGGCGAUAUCGAUACCGACACCACUGGUAUUGAAUAG